AUGGAUUCGCGCGAUCAACUGGAUCCAUCGUCUUCGAAUGAAACCAUGAAUUCCAAUGACUCGGAUUCUGCUUCUGCGGGUCACAAAACGUCCGAAGAGCCAACCAUAGAUAAUGAUAUCGACGAAAAGCUCCAGAAUUUGGGAGUGAACCUCAUGGAUCAGAAUGCUCUAGAACGCCAGAUAAUGGUCAAAGCGGACAAGGCGAUUGCUGAACGGGAUAAUGCGCUUGACUAUAAACGGCUGGCAAAAGCUCGCAAAGAAAAGGACAAUGCGCGCAAGCAAUUAGAGAAAUUGCAGAGAGAGCUUGGGGAUAAAGUUCUAAAUUCGGCAACCCAAGAGAAAUUACUGACUAAGAUAAACAUGCAGACAAGUCGUCUUCAAAAUUUGGAUCGAGAUGAGAACGAUAUUCUUACGCGGAUGAGAGAUCGACAAAAAAAUCAAGGAGAGUUUGCUAGCGAUCCACAACAUCCUGUAAAUGAAACACGUCGAGAAUUCUUGAUUCGUACAGGGAAGAUUACACCGUUCACUGAGUUAUCCGACGUCGAGAAAGGUCCUGAUGAAGGCACUCCGACUUCCUGGAUGACUUCGCCUGUUGGUGUACCACUGGGUGAUGCCCAUUUUGGAGGCAGAAGACAACCAAUACCAGUAACCGAUAACCAUCAUGGUAACAGUAAGCGGUCACCAUCGACAAAACAGAGGUCAAGUGGACUUCGACCAUUGGAUAAGAAGCAAACGACUCGCAAGAAACAGCUAGCAAUGUCUGAUGAUGAUUAUGAAUAUACAGCAUCAGAUUCGGAAGGUGAUGAAGACUACGCCUCCGACGCAGAUACCGAUGAUUCUAUGGAGAUUGCGGCUACAUUAAAGAAAACCAUGUUCGCUGAUGAUGGAGAUGAAGAUGUUUAUCAGAAACGAAUGCGUGGUUGGCUGUAUAACAGAAAACGAAUGUUGGCAAAUAUGGAGGAUAAUAACGAUGAGGGCACGCCAAGAAGCAGUUCGCGAGAUCUACAUCAAGGUGAUCGGCAGGAACCUGAGGUCCUACCAUAUGACACGAGUCCAAGCUACGAAGAUGUCGAAUUAGGCAGCGGAUUACGCAUCCCACGCGAGAUAUGGAUGAAUUUACUUGAUUAUCAAAAGACAUGCGUUAAAUGGCUCUGGGAAUUACACUCACAGAAGGUUGGCGGCAUAAUUGGUGACGAGAUGGGUCUUGGCAAGACUGUGCAAAUGAUAGCGUUCAUUUCAGGACUUUACCAUUCCAAAAUACUUGGACCUGGUAAAGCAACAGUUGUCGUGUGUCCUGCUACGGUGAUGAAGCAAUGGGUUGAAGAGUUUCAUCGAUGGUGGCCACCAAUCCGCGUGGCGGUUUUACAUGCUACUGGGAGUGUUAUGCGUACGGAUGCCAAACAAUUUCUCGAUCCAACCCAAAGUGAUCAUGAUUCUUCCGAGUUAGAAGAUGUGGAUUUAUGGAUGUCAAAAAGCACGGCAAGAAAAAGACGUAAAGGCAAAGGCGGACAAAGCCUAUCAAAUGAAGAUGUUCUUCGCACUAAAACCGGAAGAAAAGCACAUGCGUUGGUAGAGCGUUUUGUUCGAUUGGGCGGUGUCCUUGUCACAACAUACAAUGGAGUACAGGCGUAUCGACAAAUAUUGCUUAAACAUCGCUGGGGUUACGUAGUGCUUGAUGAAGGGCACAAAAUAAGGAACCCUGACUCGGAAACGACAUUAGCAUGUAAACAAUUCAAGACAUCUCAUCGUAUCAUUUUGUCUGGUACACCGAUCCAAAACAAUUUGAAAGAGCUUUGGUCAUUGUUCGAUUUUAUCUUCCCGGGAAGGCUAGGCACCCUACCUGUUUUUCAGACACAAUUUUCUGUACCUAUUACCAUUGGCGGUUAUGCAAAUGCUACCAAUAUGCAGGUUCAAACAGCUUAUCGGUGUGCUUGUGUCCUGCGAGAUCUGAUCAAUCCAUAUCUUCUCCGGAGGAUGAAGGUUGACGUGGCUACUAAUCUUCCGGCAAAAAAUGAGCAGGUUUUAUUCUGCAAGCUCACACCCAUACAGCGUGAGGCGUACCUGCGAUUUAUUCAUUCCAAGGACAUGGAUGCUAUUCUUGAACGUAGACGGCAGGUCCUCUACGGGAUUGACAUUGUUCGAAAAAUAUGCAAUCAUCCCGAUUUAAUCACAACGACCUCAGCACCUGCUGAAGAGGAUCCAAGUUAUGGAGAUCCCGAGAAAAGUGGGAAGCUAGUCGUCGUGUGUGCACUCUUAAGACUUUGGAAAACACAAAAUCACAAGGUUCUUCUUUUCAGCCAAACACGGCAGAUGCUCGACAUUAUUGAGCGGGUAAUCAAAGGCUUAGGCUUUAACUACCUUCGGAUGGAUGGCAAUACAGCGGUCGGACAGCGAAUGGCACUUGUAAACGAUUUCAAUACCCAGGACGAUAUAUACGUUUUCUUACUUACCACCAAAGUUGGUGGCCUUGGUUUAAACCUUACUGGUGCGGAUCGCGUGAUUAUCUUUGAUCCUGACUGGAAUCCUUCUACAGAUAUGCAAGCGCGAGAGCGCGCAUGGAGGCUGGGUCAGAGAAAGGAUGUAACAAUCUACAGGCUGAUGACUAGUGGAACCAUCGAAGAAAAGAUAUAUCAUAGACAAAUAUACAAGCAAUUCUUAACGAACAAGAUUUUGAAAGAUCCUAAGCAGAAGCGAUUUUUUGAUGCGAGUAAUCUCAAAGCACUUUUCACUCUCGGUGAUGAUGAAUCAAGUUCAGGCACCGAAACUGGUCAGUUGUUUAAAGGAACUGAAAUUAGUUAUCAAAGUCCAAAGCCAGAGACCAGGUCAAAAUCACCCACUGAUGACAAAGAUCAACUCCUUGCCUUGAAUGGUGUUGCCAAUAUCGAGCAAUUAGCUGAGAAUCCUAAUGUGCAACAAGCAGAGAGUUCAGAGACACAUGCGGAGGAUAACGUGCUGAAAAGCCUGUUUGAGAUGACAGGUAUACAAAGUGCUCUUCAGCAUGAUCAAAUAAUGGACUCAGGACAGCAGGAACGUGUACUUGCUGAUAAUGAAGCUGCACUUGUGGCGAAGCAUGCUACCGAAGUCCUGAAAGAAUCACGUCGAGAGAGGCGAAAGAUGGGUGUUGCUACUCCAACUUGGACUGGGCGUUCUGGGGUUGCAGGAGCACCUGUAUUACCAAGUAAUUGUCACAACUCUCCAUAUAUGCCAUCGCCACGCUUCGGCCAGAAGUCACUUGCACCGAUAUCUUCUGUGGCAGGAACAGAAUCGUUAUCCCCUAAAUUUGGAUCAGGCGCUGUUCCCGGGUUCGGUGGUGAAGCAAACGGUGGCCAAAGAGCAAUGUCAUCUCAGGUUUUGCUAGCUCAAUUACGCAAACGUAAAUCACCUGGCGAAUAA